UAAACACCCAUUCAUUCAAUGGUCUGUCAAUUAAUGCCAAAAUCAAAGACAUAUCACUUAUUGUCCGACAUAUGGCUAACCCUUUCGGAGACUCGGAUGACGAGUACAGUCGACCACCGGAUGAGGUGUCUGUGAAAGAGGGCCUCUUGUGUCCGGUCUGUCUCUUAGACCUGAAGACAAUCAGCGAAUUGAGGGAUCACUUCGAGACCAACCAUAAGAAUGAGUUCAUUUCACAGACCAAUCAAACCAAACAAAUCGGUUCUCAACUCAAAGGUCUUCUCAAUAAGACAAAGAAGAUCCUCAAGAAUGACAACAACGUCUCCAUCGACGACAACGACUCCAUGGCCUCCAACUCUGGCCAGUCUUACGUCGAGCUCUGGAGGAAACAAAUGAGAAUUGGUGAGACACGGAAUCAUUUCGAUUACUUCCGUCGUAUCCGUGACUCACGGAUAGAGAGACAAGUGAUUGAGACAAACAAACUGCUCAUCCGUUUGGAUAAACUGAUAACAGAAGCGCCUAAAGAGACGGAGAAGAGAAAACUUCACGAGAAGAGCGUUGUCUUGUGGGCCAACGACGAUGACGUCCCGAUGUGUCCCAAUUGUGCCAAUCGUUUCAAUCACAUCACCCGAAGGAGACACCACUGCCGACUCUGUGGAGGAAUCAUGUGUCACAACUGCUCACAGUUUCUCGACUUUGUUUACGCCCGUAAACUCAUUAGUCCAACGAAUUUAGAAGAAAGCAGUAUUUCUUUGAUUCCGAAGACUAAUCUAACCCGUCGUGGAAGUAGUAGUAGUUUGUUAUCAAUCGUCAACUCGAGCGGCGAUCCGCACAUCAGAGUCUGCAGAGACUGUAAAACAUUGUUGAAUAAAAGGGAUCAACAAAUAGAAGACAUUAAUUUCAAACCCAUUUUAAGCCAAUUUUAUGACCGAAUGCGCGAACAAAUCAAAGACAUUGAAAGAUUGGCUCCACUUUUCUUCCAAAUGAAUGAUUCUUUGAGUUUGGGUGAAACUAACUAUAAUUUAACGGACGCUCAAGAAUUAAAACUCAAAUUAACAAAAUUGGCCGAAAAUGUCGAUAGUAUUAGCCGAAAGAUCGCAACUCACGGCACUCAAGAGGAGCGACCGCCGCAUCCAAAGCAGCUUCAAUUGCAGAACUCUAUUCGUUCCUCAGUUACGCACUUCUUGAGACAAACAAUGCUAGGAUUGCCAACACUUCCAACACCUGAUGAGUUGAAGAAACUUCAGGACCAAAGAAGAGCUGAAAUUGAGAAACGAAUUCAAUUCGAGAAACAAUUAGCACUCGAAGAGCAGAAAAAGUUCUCCGUUUCGCCCAAAAAGCAAAACAUAAGUUUAAAUAAUAAUUAUUCGGAAACCAAUACAGAGGAGGAGAUAGUUGUGUCUCCCGAUGACGGCUGGACUCCAAUGACCUCUAAAUCUCGGCGACGAGUGGAAGAGCAGAACAGUGAUAGUGUGGACCCGAUGUUACAGCAAAUCAAUAUAAUCCGCAAUUAUAUACGUCAGGCCCGAGAGGCGCACAAAUACGAUGAGUUGCAUAUGUUAGAGGACAACCUCAAGGAACUCGAGAUCGAGUAUUUCCUUCAACAACACGGAAAUCACACACAAAACUCAACCAAUGCUUAA